AUGUUUAAAAAAAAAUCUAUUUUUAAGAAUUUAUUUUCUGUCGAGAUCGUGAUCUCUGAAAGAAAGUGUAAGGAGAGAAUAAGGUGCUACGUUUCCUAGGUAGUAGUUAAAAUUGUUCUGUUCCAUAUUUUUAUUUUGGCUAUAUUCUACGUCUCUCUCUCCCUCUCCCUCUCUCUAUGGAAAACAGAAAUCUAGGAAUACACGUGCCUUUACUUCUAACCCAGAUAAUGUGUGAUUGAGCCUGGUAAAUGGUCUUGGCGGCUGCAGAAGGGGCAGGCUGCAAAUUAAACACUGCCACACUCUGAAAGGUCCAGGUGGUCUGGUCGGCUUCCUAAUGCAAUCCAGCACCCCAGCGUUAAUAAACAGCUCUAUUUAGUUCCUCCUCCCUGGAUCCAGGGAGGUGAACUGAUCUGGGGCUGCUGUGAUGAAAUGCCAGAAGAAUCUCUCUCUGAGGCCUCACAAGCUGAUUUUUAGAGCUUUGCUGUUCUGUCGUCUUUGUCUUCCAAAUGGGCAUGAACUCUCUGGGGUUGUGUUACCCUGUUUGCUGUUUACUGUCAAGACGCUGAGAGAAUGUUCUUAUAAUGAUCCAAGAGGAAGUGGCAAAUGAAUGCUCUUCUUCAGGAUCCAAUGAUAGCUGGACAAGUCAGUAAGCCCUUGCUGUCAGUGCGGAGUGAAAUGAACACGGAGUUGAGAGGUGAGGACAAGGCUGCUACUUCAGACAGCGAGCUGAAUGAGCCCCUGCUUGCGCCUGUGGAAUCUAAUGACAGUGAGGACACUCCCAGCAAGCUCUUCGGGGCCAGAGGAAACCCAGCACUAUCAGACCCAGGCACUCCUGACCAACACCAAGGCAGUCAGACCCACCUCCCUUUCCCGGUUGGGCCACAGCCACUUCUGACAGCACAACAGUUAGCCUCUGCUGUCGCUGGCGUGAUGCCGGGAGGCACGCCAGCCCUCAACCAGCCUAUCCUCAUCCCCUUCAACAUGGCCGGACAGCUAGGAGGACAACAAGGACUGGUCCUCACACUGCCUACCGCGAAUCUCACCAACAUCCAAGGGCUGGUAGCAGCAGCUGCGGCCGGAGGCAUUAUGACUCUGCCAUUGCAAAAUCUACAAGCUACCUCAUCCCUGAACUCCCAGCUCCAGCAGCUCCAGCAGCUCCAGCAGCUCCAGCCGCCGCCGCCGCCGCCGCCCGCCGGCCAGCACCCGCCGCCCGGCCCGCAGGCGCCCCCGCAGCCCCCGCAGCCGCAGCCCCAGCCCGCCCCGCCCCAGCAGCCGCCUCCCGCCUCCCAGCAGCCGCCGGCUCCGCCAGCUCAGCCCCAGCAGCAGCCUCAGCCCCACCCCCACCCCCCGAGCCAGAACCAACCAUCUCCGACUCAGCAGAGCGCGAGCUCCCCUCAGAAAGCCAGCCAGUCUCCGGGACAUGGCCUUCCGUCGCCGCUCACGCCACCCAAUCCUCUGCAGCUGGUUAAUAAUCCACUAACAAGUCAGGCUGCAGCGGCUGCAGCCGCCAUGGGCUCCAUAGCAAGCUCACAGGCCUUUGGCAAUGCCCUCUCCAGCCUUCAGGGGGUCACGGGUCAACUAGUUACUAAUGCACAAGGACAGAUUAUUGGGACCAUACCUCUGAUGCCGAAUCCGGGGCCAUCGAGCCAAGCAGCGAGUGGCACUCAAGGCCUGCAAGUGCAGCCCAUCACCCCCCAGCUCCUGACCAACGCCCAGGGCCAGAUCAUUGCCACGGUCAUCGGGAACCAGAUCCUGCCAGUGAUCAACACCCAGGGCAUCACGCUCUCACCCAUCAAGCCCGGCCAGCAGCUCCACCAACCCUCCCAGACGUCAGUGGGUCAAGCAGCCUCCCAAAGCAGCCUUCUGCACCUGGCUCACAGCCAAGCAUCCAUGUCUCAAAGCCCAGUCCGGCAGGCUUCCUCUUCUUCCUCCUCAUCCUCCUCUUCUUCAGCUUUGAGCGUGGGCCAGUUAGUCAGCAAUCCUCAAACGGCAGCGGGUGAGGUGGAUGGGGUUAAUCUGGAGGAGAUCCGAGAAUUUGCCAAAGCUUUUAAAAUCCGGCGCCUGUCCCUUGGCCUGACCCAGACUCAGGUGGGACAGGCUCUCAGUGCUACAGAGGGCCCCGCGUACAGCCAGUCGGCCAUCUGCAGACACACCAUCCUGAGAAGCCACUUUUUCCUACCACAGGAAGCCCAAGAGAACACUAUAGCUAGCAGUCUGACAGCCAAACUGAACCCUGGCCUUUUGUAUCCUGCCAGGUUUGAAAAGCUGGACAUCACCCCUAAAAGUGCCCAGAAGAUCAAGCCGGUGCUUGAGCGGUGGAUGGCUGAGGCUGAGGCCCGCCAUCGAGCAGGUAUGCAGAACCUGACCGAGUUUAUCGGGAGCGAACCGUCCAAAAAGCGCAAGCGGCGCACCUCCUUCACACCCCAGGCCCUUGAGAUCCUCAAUGCCCACUUUGAGAAGAACACACACCCCUCUGGGCAGGAAAUGACCGAAAUUGCCGAGAAGCUGAACUAUGACCGGGAGGUAGUUAGAGUUUGGUUCUGCAAUAAGAGGCAAGCCCUGAAGAACACAAUUAAACGCUUAAAACAGCACGAGCCGGCCACGGCCGUCCCUCUGGAGCCCUUAACAGACUCUCUGGAAGAAAACUCCUAAAGAGACGCCCGCCCAGAAUCAGAAGCAAAACCCACAGAAACGAAACUCCACCCUUUGGACUCCGCAGACCAUAAUUGAGAAUAAUAAUUAAUAACAAUAACAAUAAAUUGAAAAUAAAAUUGAAAACUAGCUCCAGUCAUCACCCUUGUAAGUAAAGGACUAAGGAGACUACCAAGUGGACGGAAUGGUUUAUACGUGUCCGUUGGUUUUCCAAAAAGAAAAAAAAAAACAAUUUUUGAAAAUUUUUAAACAAGGCACACACCCCGCCGCAGGUGUGUGCGGUAGGAUAGUCCCCUCCCCCACCCAUCUCCCCCCAAAGCCAAUUUUUUAACGGACUUAAAGCAAACCAAAUAACCACAUACCUUUUUCUGUACAUUAUGAAAAUGUGAACACAUUUUAAGGAAAAAGAAAAACAACUAAACCAAAAAAAAAAACACAAAAAAACAAAAACAGAAACAGAAACAAAAAACAAAAAAACAAAAAAAAAAAACCAACAAAAACUUUUAUCUGUUCAAAGCGAAUACAAGCCUGCCACCUGGAGGAGGGACUAGGGACUGCAUUCUUUCAGGUUCUAAGUGCUGAUUUCACUAUGAAACCUAUUAACCAAAGUCAGAAACACGGCAUUGCAAACGCGAUCGUUGGUCUACUCUUCUCUGCGUGUAAAGUUGCGUUAGGAAUUUUUACAUUUGUACUUAAAGGAAAAAUAAGAAGCCUGAUUUCUCCCAUCUUACCCAUCUCUGUC